AUGAAGACGCGGCCGCGCGCGUCCGCGUCGGCAUCGAGCGACGUCGCGCGACGCCGCGACGCGCUCGUCGGCGCCGCGCUGGCGCUCGUCGCGACGCCGGGCGCGGCGCGCGCGAAACUCUCGGGAGGCGUCACGGGAGGGGUGCCGAUCGAGAACUUUCAGCCGAUCCCGGGAACGAACCCGCCGAUACUGUACUACGAUUUACAGGGCGCGAGCGGCGCGACGGGGGGCGUGCCGAAGGGGGCGCGCGUGGCGGUGCACUACGACUUGAAGUUUCGGUCGGUGACGGUGGGGACGUCGAGGCAGGGCGCGGGCGUCACGGGAGGGACGCCGAUCGGAUUCACCGUCGGGCAACCCGCGGGAGAGCCGGGAGGACCGUUCAUACAGGCGUUUAACGAGGGGAUCAAGGGCAUGGGCGUCGGGACGGUGCGACGGAUGAUCGUGCCGCCGGAGUACGCGUACGGGCCGAACGAGGUCAUGGAGAUCCCGGCGAACGGGACGGUGACGCUCGACUUGGAGCUUUUGAGCGUGGCGAAGGAUCCCAUCACGCGCGGCGUCAAGGGGGCGCAGGAGUAG